ACGUCAAUUGUGCACUGUACAAGGUCCCACCGUUGUGCUAAUAUGUGAACUCUUUGAAGUUUUCUCCCUCGGUCUUACUUGCACUCUUACUCAGCUUCAAGACUGAGAAAAGUCUUCCCCCUUUCCUUCACCGGCCGAUAUGUCGGUGCCUUGCACCUACCGGCGACCUUCUCGGCGGGACUUCUUCCAUCCUCUCUUUCUUCUGUUCCUUGCCUUUCCUUUCUCCAGUUGCAUUGCCGGCGAGAUUGACAACUUACUCAAGUUGAAGACAGCGCUUCAGAAAUCUGAUACGCAUGUUUUCGAUUCAUGGACACCGAAUGGAAACCCCUGCAAAUUCGAUGGAGUUAUUUGCGGGCUGGAUGGAUCCGUUACUGGAAUCGAUUUGUCCAAUAACCGACUAGUUGGAGUUCUUCCACUUGAUUCCAUCUGUCAGCUUCCGUCUCUGCAGAUGCUCUCCCUCGGUAAUAAUUUACUCUACGGAUCCAUUACAGAAAACUUGAAGAACUGUACUCGCCUGAAGCAGUUGGAUAUCGGUUUCAAUUCUUUCUCCGGAACGGUGCCGGAUCUAUCCUCCCUCAGUGAAUUACAGGUCCUCAGCCUAAACUUAAGUGGAUUUACGGGUCCUUUUCCAUGGAAUUCACUAAAAAAUCUGACGAAUCUUCUUUUCUUGAGUCUCGGAGACAACCAAUUCGAUCCCAGCCCUUUCCCUGUGGAGGUUCUGAACCUUCGCAAGCUUCAGUGGCUCUAUCUCUCAAAUUGUAGUAUCCAAGGACAAAUUCCGGAAGGUAUAGGGAAUCUUGCAGAGCUCACAAAUCUAGAACUCGCUGACAAUAAUUUAACAGGCAAUAUUCCUACGGGGAUCACGAAUCUUAGGAAGCUCUGGCAGCUUGAGUUAUAUAGUAAUAGAUUGACUGGAAAGUUUCCCGUCGGAUUCAGAAACAUCACCAUUCUCACUAACUUCGACGCUUCUGAUAACUACCUUGAAGGAGAUCUCUCGGAGCUCAAGUACUUGACUCGUCUUUCUAGUCUGCAACUCUUUAUGAAUCAUCUCUCGGGGGAGAUCCCCCAAGAAUUUGGGGAUUUCAAGUAUCUCGUCAAUCUCUCGCUCUACACGAACAGAUUGACAGGCACACUCCCUCAAAAGCUCGGAUCUUGGGCAGAUUUUGAUUUCAUCGACGUUUCUGAGAAUUAUUUGACGGGUCCGAUUCCGCCAGACAUGUGCAAGAACGGCAAGAUGAAGGAAUUGCUCGUACUCCAGAAUAAUCUCACCGGAGAAAUUCCAGCAAGUUACGCGAAUUGUUCGUCUCUGACUCGUUUUCGAGUAAGCAAUAAUUCGCUUUCCGGCACUGUCCCUGCUGGAAUUUGGGGUUUGCCCAAAGUUAACAUCAUCGAUCUUGCCAUGAACCAAUUGGAAGGUCCAGUCACGUCUGACAUCAAGAAUGCCAAAGCACUUGCGCAGUUAUUGAUCGACAACAAUAGAUUUUCCGGUGAAUUACCUUCAGAAAUCUCAGAAGCGUCGGCCCUUGUUUCAAUUGAUUUGAGCCACAACAACUUCUCCGGCAAUAUUCCAGAGAACAUCGGAAGUUUGAACAAACUUAACGAUCUGAGUUUGGAGGAUAAUAUGUUUUCUGGUGCCAUACCCGAUUCGCUUGGUUCCUGUGCUUCUCUCAACGUCAUUAACUUCGCCCACAACUCAAUCACCGGUAAUAUUCCGGCGACACUCGGGUCAUUGCCUUCUCUGAACUCAUUAAACCUAUCGAACAAUCAUCUCUCCGGAUCAAUCCCGGCGAGCCUAUCUUCUCUGCGGCUUAGCCUUCUCGAUUUGUCAAACAACAAGCUAACGGGCCGUGUACCACAAUCUCUUAUAGUGGAUGCUUAUAACGGUAGUUUCGCUGGAAACCCCGGACUCUGUGGUCCGGAUCACUUCCCUGCAUGUUCGUCGAAUUCCGACAGGUCAGUCGAUUCCCGGACGUUGAUAUUUUGCUUCGUAGCGGCAAUAGCCGUUUUGGUCUCGUUGCUGGGAUGCCUCGCUUUCAUGAGGAAGAAGAAAGAAAAUGAGCACGAAUUUUCUUUGUCAAAGGAUUCUUGGGACAUAAAAUCGUUCCGUGUCUUGAGUUUCACCGAACAAGAAAUAUUGAAUUCGAUACGACAGGAGAAUUUGAUCGGAAAGGGAGGGUCAGGAAACGUUUAUAGGGUGGUUUUGGAGAAUGGCAAUGAAUUGGCGGUGAAGCAUAUCUGGAAUUCAGACUCGAUGGGACGGAAAAGCGCCAAGAGUAGCACUGCGAUGCUGAAGAAGAGAUCGGGGAACCCGCCGGAGUUCGACGCGGAGGUGGCGGCGCUGAGCUCCAUACGGCACGUGAACGUGGUGAAACUGUAUUGCAGCAUCACGAGUGAAGAUUCCUGUCUGUUAGUUUACGAGUAUCUACCGAAUGGAAGCUUGUGGGACCGGCUACACACGUGUCGGAAGGUGGAGCUUGAUUGGGAGACUCGUUACGAGAUCGCGGUGGGAGCCGCUAAGGGUCUGGAGUAUCUGCAUCACGGUUACGAUAGGCCCGUCUUACACCGUGACGUGAAAUCAAGCAAUAUACUCUUGGACGAGUUUUUGAAACCUCGAAUCGCCGACUUCGGGCUCGCGAAGAUUGUGCAGGCGAAUGGCGGGAAGGACUCGACACAAGUCAUCCCAGGAACGCAUGGCUACAUUGCUCCCGAAUACGCAUACACGUGCAAGGUGAACGAGAAGGGCGACGUGUACAGCUUCGGAGUGGUUCUAAUGGAGCUGGUGACGGGAAAGAGGCCGAUAGAACCAGAAUACGGGGAGAACAAGGACAUCGUACAGUGGAUAUUGAGCAAGAUGGGGAGCCGAGAAAGCGUGAUGGGUGUGGUGGAUUCAAGGAUUCCGGAUGGAUUAAAGGAAGACGCAGUUAAGGUGUUGAGAAUAGCGGUGCAUUGCACGUCAAGGCUUCCAGCUCUGAGGCCUUCCAUGAGGACGGUGGUUCAAAUGCUGGAGGACGCUGAGCCUUGCAAAUUGAUCAGUGUCGCUAUUGCUAAAGAUGAUCCUUCUCUUAACAAAGACGAGGGAGUCCACGAUUACGAUUACGAUUAUGAGAAGAAGAUGAAUCAGAGCCCCGAGAAGCUCAAACACAGCCCCUCAUGAUAUCGACGUUACAGUUAUUUUUAGUUUUAUAUGUUCCGUUGAUUGAAUCAGGUGGCCGGGGUGUCUUCUUCUUCUUCUUCUUCUUCCCUUCAGGUUGGUUGUGAGAUAUGUAGAGGGAGGUAGACAUCCAGCAGAGGAUAUAAGUAGGUCAAAGGGACGGUAGGUCAUCUUGUUCUUUCUUUUUUCUAUAUUUCCUUUGUAGUAUAUGUAAUACUGGUACCGGUUGUAAUAGAUAACAAAGUAAUAUGGUAUUCGGAAGAUUUAAUCUUUCGGCCUGCAAAAUCUAAAUUUGCGAGAACAAAGAGAGAGGUUAA